UCCCGUCAUUGAAGGAAGGAACACAUUCCUUCCAUCUAGGAAAUGUGCAGCGGCAUACUGAAGAGGACACAACUGAUAUCUAUUCUUUAUUCUUUUUUGAGAGAGAUCAAUUCUUUGCCAGGAUUCAACUUUGGUGUUCAGUUUCCUCUACGGCUCUACCUUUCAGUUCGACGAUCUGGUUGAAGACCUGGGCUCUAAAAGCUUGAAGGAUUCGAGUCAAGACAAUUCUUUUCCUUAGAUCUCAUAAUUUGGUCGUCAUUGGAGAUGCCGAAUGUGGAGUUCUAGGUUUCUUUCCUCUCUUUCAUCCCCUGUUUCGUUGUGGGGGGAUUCUGUUGCCAAAUUUUCUGUCCUCUAGUUUUGGAUAAUUUAUUGGAUAUUUGCUAAUUUGUUGGAUUUCGUUCUUUUGCGGCUUUGAGGAAUUCUUGAUUUUGUUAUAUAUAUUAGUGGAAAUUAGAGUUUUUGGAGGUUGAAUUUUGAGGAUUGAUUGAAAGGUAAGAAGGUUGCAAGAACUGUUGGAGAAUUAGGUUGAACUUGGGAGUCCAAUUUGGUGGACAAAUUCAGAAGAGAAAGGUUGAUUCGGUUGUGAACUGAGGUUUCAAGAAGGGGUUUUGAAUUUAUUAUGGCCGUGGGGUAUUGGAGGGAAGCUUAAGGUUCCCUAUCUGCUGUAGGAUUGAAAGGGUUGAAGGGAUUUGAGUCUGACCUCGGUGUUCGGAUUGAGAAGUUUCGGUAACACUGAGGGCUUUGAUGUUUGUUUGAGAAAUUUUUGAAAUUUGAAGAAGAUAAAAGUCAUGUUCUAUGGGGCGUUGGUAUGGGAUCCCUGGCUCAUUCUCUCCCAGAUUGUGUGCCUGCAAUGUUUAUACUAUAUUACGCUUGGCUUAUUCAUGUCGAUUCUUGUUGGGACUCGUGUAUCCCGGAUGAGCCUUAUAUAUUUCUUUGAUUACUCGACUCUCACUACUUCUACAGUUACUGGUUGGUGUGUCAUUGCUUCGUUUCUACUCACCGCGCUUCCAGGGGCUUUUUAUGUAUUUCAUUUGGUUGAGAGAGCCAAAAAGUGCUUAGAUUUUUCAGCCACCCUCUACAUUGUCCAUGUCUUCAUAUGCAUCAUAUAUGGAGGGUGGCCAUCCUCAAUUACAUGGUGGGUUGUAAAUGGUACUGGUCUUGCAGUCAUGGCUUUGCUUGGUGAAUGGUUGUGCAUACGACGUGAGCUGCGGGAAAUUCCCAUAACACGAUAUCGCUCAAAUGUUUGACAAACUCCACAGGCAAGAGGAUAUGCGACAUACUUUCUUGCUGAUGGAUGGCCUGAUUGUUUCAGAGCUUCUGAGUAAGGCUUGUGAGAUACAAUUUUUGCGUCAAGGACUACUGAAGCCUGCUUAGAUCAGCGUUGGGUUCCAUUGUCCGUGCUGGUCAGUAAUGAGAGAAUACAAUAAACCAAUCAAAAUGGGAGGAAAUUGGGAAGACUAACCAUUUUGUGAAAGUUUUCUUACAUGUAGGACGCCAUGUGGACAAUGGUAAUUUGUUUUAACAGUGAAACAUUUAGUCUGUAUUUCCUCCCCCCCACCCCACCCCCCUUAGAAAUGGAAAUGGAACAAGUUUAAGUGA